GUCGCGCAGUAAUACCUAUAUCGCUUUCGCGUAUUCUACAUAAUUUUCAACGACUUAUAUUUCGAUAUUCCGAAAAACUUCUGAAAUUAUCCGUUUUCUUUCAAGUUUUAUUGAACCAUUCAUUAAAAUGAAAUUGAUCGGGCUCAUGUAUUUACUGUCGUUUUGUAAUUAUCUUAGUGCAGCCACGAUAAAUGGGACCGAUGAGAUAAGUAUGCUCAUUAGAAGAAUAAUAUGGACCGAUUGGAAUCAGUUCGAUAUCGAAUUGAAUCCUGAUUCCAUUCUCGACACGUCCUUUUUCAGCCUGAGAUGGUAAGAAAAGCGGGUUAUCCUGUGGAAUCUCACGUUGUAAUGACGGAGGAUGGCUAUUUCUUGACGUUACAUCGUAUCCCAGGUGGCAACGAUUCUUUACCCGUGCUGCUGCAGCAUGGUGGUUUAUGCAGCUCCGCUGACUGGGUUGUUCUUGGCAAAGGCAAAGCAUUCGCUUACUUAUUAGCGGAUCAGGGAUACGAUGUUUGGUUAGGCAAUUUUCGAGGUAAUACAUACUCGAAGGCGCAUAUUUUCCUGUCUCCUUUGAAUUCGACAUUUUGGAAUUUCAGCUUUCACGAAAUGGGAAUCUAUGAUUUACCCGCGAUGAUUACAUUUAUCACGAAUAUGAGAUCCCAACCAUUGCACACAUAUAUUGGUCAUUCUAUGGGCACAACUAGUUUUUUUAUAAUGGCAUCAGAGCGUUCGAAAAUCGCUCAAAUGGUGCAAAUGAUGGUCGGUCUCGCGCCAGCAGUUCUUGUAAAUCACUUGCAGAGUCCAUUACAAUACUUAUUCCCAUUUAAAAGUGAAAUUAAGAGAGUGAUGCAAUUAUUUUUCCAUGAUGAAUUCUUCCAAAGCGAUUUUGUGAGAUUUCUUUUGAAAAAAAUCUGCCUUCAGAAUAUUAGUCUCGAAGAAAUCUGUUCCAAUUUCAUGUUUAUGAUCUGGGGUGAUGAUCGCGAACAAUUUAACAAUACUCUACUGCCUGUCAUCUUGAAUCAUUUUCCAACCAGCGUCUCGGCUAAAACCCUACUGCAUUACGUCCAAAUAGCUGAAUCGGACAAGUUUCGCAAAUUCGAUUAUGGUCGCGUGAAAAAUCUGUUAAUUUAUAAUUCUAUGAACCCACCAUAUUAUGAUUUGUCGAAUAUUACAGUACCAAUUGCGUUGUCUUACGCCGAUAAUGACUGGUUUAUUAGCAUAGAGGAUGUGAAAAGAUGGUACCAUUUACUGCCCAAUGUAGUGGAUAUGUACGAAGUGCCGUGGUCAAAAUUCAAUCACAUGGAUUUUAUAUGGGGCAAAGAUGCGUCUAAACUCGUUUACGACAGGAUUCUCAAGAUUAUGAGAAGCGAAAAUUCAAAGAGAGUACAUCAGUGGAAUAAUAUCGUCAGCAAUCAAAAUUAAAGAUUAAUGUAAUACACUAGAUCUUCAGUAAUAUUGAUGAUUGUAAUCGUUCAUUUAAUGAAACGUAAAUUUUAUAAUAUCUUAGUAUUAUUUACAAUAUCCAAAAAUGUUUAUUAAGCGUUUAAAGAUUCGGGAGCAGCAUUGUUUUUAUAACUCAUAAAUGGAACAACUAAUUAAGAAACAUGUAAUUCCCAGUUUUUUCACGUCCUGUCCUAUAUAUGAU